AGAAGAGGCCACCAACAAACCACUUGAUCAUUAGAUAACGGUGCAUAUUUCGAUGGAAUAAUUUUUGCAAUCGACGAUCAGCUCUUUCAAGCUGUAUAAUGUUCGUUCUCAUACCCUCAUUCAAACCUCAUUCCCCUGAGGACUUGUGAAAGUGUAACACAAGUUCGUUGAUGUGAGAGGUCUCUGAUGGCUCUACAUCGAAUGUGUGAAAUGUCUCUCUCUCAUUUUAUUUUAUCCCUCUUUACUGUUCUUUUUGUCUCUUUUCAUGGCUGUGAUGCCAUUCAAUGUCUUAACGAGGCAAACCAACCGGUGGAUUGGUAUUACUUGUAUAAACUGCCGAUGAUCAAAACGAGCUCCUCUUUUCUUGUGAAAACUGGUGUUGCGUAUGCCUUCAUGACCUCGGACACAAAUGAAGGCUGGCAGAUGUCAAACUAUGGUAUUGACAGCAAAAAUUCUUUCCCAGGGCAGACUCUAGCUCAUCUGUACGAAGACGCAGCAAAUCAAGUGUCUGAACCAUCCGAUGAAAUGUGGAUGAUGUAUAAUGAUCAACCUCCAAAUGGCAACGUCAGUUUUACCAAAGGCCACUCUAAAGGAGUCAUCGCUGGGAAUAAUGAUGGUGGAGUGUGGCUGGUUCACAGUGUACCCCACUUCCCACCUCCGCCUGAAACAAAGACUUACUCAUAUCCCAAAACUGGCAUGAAAAACGGUCAAAGUUUCCUAUGCAUAUCUAUGAAUGCCCAGGCUCUGGAUACCUCAGCUUUGCAGCUGAUCUUCAAUAAUCCCUUGCUUUACUCUCAGCAUUUUGGCGAAGAGGCUCUCACUCAUUAUCCACAACUGCACAAUGUUUCGAAAUUUGAAGGAAAAGUGAAGAGUCCUCCUUACACCCACAAAGUUGAACUUACUUCAAAGUCCGGCUCCAGUUUCAUUUCUUAUGCCAAGACAUCAAAGUUUAAGAAAGAUCUGUAUGAUGACUACCUGACGGAGGAUUUGGAAACUGCUCUACGUGUCGAAACCUGGCCGAAUGGCAAAGAUCGCCUCCAGUCUGACUGUGUGAAACCUUUCCACACUGAAAACAUUGACGCAGUGAAGAUUGGUCUGGACGAGUUCUCUUCUCACAAGGAUCACUCCAAAUGGGCUAUAUCUACCGAUGAUACAAAACCUUGGACGUGUGUUGGUGAUAUUAACCGAGCGAAAACUCAGUUUGUUCGGGGUGGUGGCACUGUAUGUUUCCAAGAUCCACGAGUUCACGCUUCUUAUUAUCAAGUUGUGGCUGGUGUUGAAGGUUGCUCCAACCCGCCAAACCAUGAUCUAGAAAAAUCUCAUAAAAAGAAAUCUAAGAUGUCAAAAAUAGCAGCUUUCUUUGACUAUAUUCGUAGAUAUUAUAAAGCAAUUUUAAAUGAGAUUUAGAGUUAAGUUUUGUCACUUUGUAAAGUGGCUUUGUCCCGUGACCUUGAGUGCUUUUGCACAAACGUGAUGCAUUUUAAAUUAAAGACUGAGAUUUUUUUUUCAUAAUAUUUUGACACAAAAUUAGUGUGAAAAUAUAUUUUUUAUACCUAUUUGUGGAGGCAGAUGUCAAACUCACAUGGAAAAUUGUGAUGUCAUAGCAUACUUUUAAACUUAAAAAAGUAAGCACUGCAAACAAAUGGUUGCUUUUAUUUUUUUAGGAAUUACAUUUUAUCCAAAGUAAGAUGAAAUUAACGCAGCCUUGUACUUUGUCCAGUUUGUACCAACUGUCAAAACUGCUUACUUCUUGAAAGUAAUGAACUGACAAAACUGUGAGCUUCAAACAGCAUUACAUAUACCUAAUAUUUGACUGAUGAUUUCAGACUCCUCUUUAAUGAUAAAGAAAGAAAUAAUCAUAAUGAAAAAAAAAAUGAUCUCAAGUUCAUUUCUGACGUAUUUCAGCAGAUUUCUGAAAUUACUGGUUGUCCAACUACAAAUCUGUCUCCAGGAAAUGGAGAGGUUUUCUUUUUAGAGAUGAGAGUCUUCAGUUGUUUAAAGAAUUUAUCUCCAGGAAAAAUAUGAAUCAUGCAGUUUAUACCUGCAGUUCUUCUCAAGUCAGUUAAGCCUUUUGUCUGUCGUUUAUUUUCUUAAAUAUCAGUGUGCUUUCUAUCUGGUUUUGUACCUGUAAUAAUCCUCAUGUGAGUGAGAAGUUGUGCCAAAAAUAGUUUUAAGUAGGUCAUUCUUUUACUGCAGUUGUGAUCAUUUUUUUAUUCAUCCCUGUAAUUUUUAAGGAGCUUUCAGCAGAUACAAAUUAUACUUCUCCUCAGCUCCUAUUAUAUUUACAAUGUGCAUCACUAAAAUAUAUCACUAUUGUCUCCCAAACGAAAA